AUGGCUGCAAUCGAGAGCAACGGCCCUGUUCUAGCGGGAGUCUCGUGGUUCCUGUGCUUCUUUUGCGGGGCCUUUUUGGCGUUACGAAUCUACGCAAAGUUGAGUCGAGGGCAGAAGCUGUGGUGGGACGACUUUAUCUUUUUAUUCUCGUGGGCUUGCAAUUUCUUCGACGCGAUCCUCACCCAGAUUGGCGUCGGCCUCGGUUUCGGCCGGCACUACUACGAUAUCAUGCCCCAAACCAGGCUCUUGACAAUGGCCCUGUACACUUCGGUGGGAGCAUCAAUCUCGUGCGUUGCGUCGACUAGUAGCAAAGUAGGAUUCGGCGUGACUCUCCUGCGACUCACGACAGGCUGGUACAGGAUAUUCGUCUGGUUCGCAAUCGUGACUCUGACCAUGGUCAUGAUUCCUAGCGCAACCUUGUCGUGGCUAAAGUGCACCCCCGUAGAGAAGUACUUUAACCGGCAGAUGGAAGGCACCUGCUGGGACAACUCCGUUACGCUCUACUACGGCAUCUUCAACAUCACGUGGUGCGCUCUCAUGGACUUUGCCUUGGCAAUGGUUCCCUGGAAACUGAUUUGGGGGAUGCGGCUAAGGAAACACGAAAAGCUCGGCAUCUGCUUCGCAAUGAGUAUGGGUUGGUUAGCAGGUAUUUGCACCAUAGUCAAAGGCGUCUAUCUCGGUCAAGUGGAGCAAGUUGAUUUCUUUUUCUAUGGAAAAGAUGUAACUCUCUGGACCGCUGCAGAAACAGCCACAGCAAUCGUAGGAGCGUCGAUUCCGGUCUUGCGAGUGUUUGUCAAAGAGAAAGCAUCUAGGCUUGGCGGCGAGGAUGAAGCCGACCAUGACAACAGCAACGUAAACCCGCAUAACAUGAAACUAAAUACGUACCGGAGCACAUUGACCUCUACAACGGCGACAAGCUCCUCAAAGGCGACGAAUGAGGCCAAUCAGGAUAGUGCCCCAAGCAUCCAAAAGAGCGAAAGUUGUCUUCUAGUGGAUAUACCCGAUUCCAAGCUUCAUGGAAUCGUGCGAACUCGGAAUGUGGAUGAAGAAAGUCAAGGCGAAUCAGGAGACGAUCGAUUUGAUGGCACUGGCCACAGCCAGGAACAAAUAAGGGACGAGCAGGACUUUUUCGGAAGAGCACUGUGA